UGUUCAAUUAAUCCAGUCUAUCUUUGUGUCUGAUGGUGAGUGUUAUCUGCUGCUGCCUGGCAUGAGGUCGGGCUCUGAGAUUCCCACCUGCAUAUUCCCCUCGUAAUGGCUUUGCCGGGGAGCAGCAGAUACUUCCAGAAAAUGCCUGAAAGAAGCUUCAAGCUGUAGAAACUGUUACAGAAAAACACAACAUAUAGCUCUGGGACUUUUGGAGUUAAGCUGUCAAAAUGGCGGAAAAUAAAGAAAGUAAUAGUAAAAAUGUCGAUGUAAGACCCAAAACCACCCGUAGUAGGAGCGCAGACAGAAAGGAUGGUUAUGUGUGGAGUGGAAAGAAGCUCUCAUGGUCUAAAAAGAAUGAGAAUUGUUCUGAUGGUGAAGCAGCAAGUAGUGUAGAAAAACCAGCGGCUGGUUUAAGGAGUCAAGAGAGGAAGCACAGCUGUUCAUCUAUUGAACUGGAUUUAGAUCGUUCAUGUGGCCACCGAUUUUUAGGCCGGUCUCUUAAACAGAAAUUGCAAGAUGCUGUGGGACAGUGUUUUCCUAUAAAGAAUUGUAGCAGUCGGCACUCUUCUGUGCUUCCGUCGAAGAGAAAAAUUCAUCUCAGUGAAUUAAUGCUAGAUAAGUGUCCUUUCCCACCGCGAUCCGAGCUAGCUUUUCGAUGGCAUUUAAUUAAAAGACACACUGCCCCCAUAAGUCAAAAAUCAGAAGAUUGGAUAAUCCCUGAUUUAUCCCAAAAUGAAGCGACAGAUGAUCAUCUGAGAGAUGGAGCGAGCACAGAUGGGGGAGGAAACUCUUUCUCGCAGCUGUGUGACAUUACAGAUAGCAACUCCUGUAAAUGUGAUCCUAGGACUGAAUCGGUUAUGAGUAAGGUGUUAAAGAACAAUAAAGAGGAGAGUGAUAUGGACUCUGAUGAUGAAGUUAUAACACUUUGCACAAGUUCUAGAAAGAGGAACAAACCCAAAUGGGAAACGGAUGAUGAACUGCUACAGUUGGAAACUCCUCCCAAAUAUCAUACCCAGAUUGAUUAUGUCCACUGUCUUGUCCCAGACCUUCUCCAGAUCAAUAACAAUCCAUGCUACUGGGGCGUAAUGGACAAAUAUGCAGCUGAGGCACUACUAGAAGGAAAGCCAGAAGGAACUUUUUUACUACGAGAUUCUGCCCAAGAAGACUAUUUGUUUUCUGUUAGUUUUAGACGCUAUAGUCGUUCUCUUCAUGCAAGAAUUGAACAGUGGAAUCAUAACUUCAGCUUUGAUGCUCAUGAUCCUUGUGUCUUCCAUUCUCCUGACAUUACUGGUCUCUUAGAGCAUUAUAAAGACCCGAGCUCUUGUAUGUUCUUUGAACCACUUUUAUCCACUCCCUUAAACAGGACUUUUCCCUUUUCCCUUCAGCAUAUAUGCAGAACAGUUAUUUGCAACUCUACAACGUAUGAUGGCAUUGACGCUCUUCCUAUUCCUCCAUCUGUCAAGUUAUAUCUGAAGGAAUAUCACUAUAAAUCAAAAGUUAGAGUACUCAGGAUCGAUGUACCAGAGCAACAAAACUAGAAUGUAGUUUUUGGGGGGAAUAGGGGUUGUCUCUUGAUCUGAUAAAAUUUGUGUUGUCUUUCCUCCUUUGAAUUUUUUUCUAUGGCAAUUUGAAUCUUUUCUGCAGAUUAUUUACAGUCCAAACUGAUCUCUCCCUGCGUCUUUCUAUCCAAAUGUACUUUGACUCUUCCUGCCACCCCUUUUUAGUCAACUCACUCGACUCUGUGGUUUUUUGGUAAUGUUCAUACCCUAGGGUUUUAUGGAAUUUCAGGUAGGUUUUCUAGGGUUUCCACAUAGGGAUAGUCUUUAGAUUUAAAAAUAAAAAUUCAUAUUUGAAUUUGAUCUGUCUUUUUAUAUUGUAAUUUGCAUAUGUUGCAGGCAUGUUUGAAACGUAUGCGCUGUAAACUAAAGAUUGACUAAUCUGUAUUUUCUAUCUUUUAAAAUGAGUGCUAAUGACCUAUAUAUAAAGUAAAAUUAAUCAGUCUAUUUCUAACACUA